CCCAGCUCAAUUUUUUGGUAUUUUUAUUGUACUUAUAUCGUUAAAAACUCCAUAUUGGGUCAGCAUUAUUUAUAAAUUAUAAGGGGAGAUAUUUGCUAUUCCUUUACAGAUUUGAAUUUGUCAGUGAAAACUUUGAAAUCAUUCACAUAAAUGGAAACAGAUAAAGAAGACUUGUUGAACGUCGGCACCAUUGUGGCCAUUGCCGGUGGCGACUUCGCUGUGAUUGCGACGGAUACUCAAAUAACCAACAGUGACUUUAACUCCACGAGUAAGCAGGACAAGCUCUUCCAAGUGUCUCCGGUGGCGGUUAUGAGCUCCUCUGGUUCCUGGCCCGACACCCUUGCAGUGAUCCGUCUGAUGAAAACGAUCGUGGCCGACUACGAGAGCACUCAUCUGCGUCCCAUUACCAUCGAUGCCAUGUCUCAGAUGUUCUCAAAUAACAUGUUCAAGCGCCGUUACUUGCCCUAUUGUGUGUCCACCAUUCUGGCCGGUAUUGACAAGAAGGGCGAGGGUGUUGUGUUUUCGUUCGAUUCCCUUGGUCACUGCCAGCAGGUUAUUUACCAAGCUGCGGGCAUGGCCACCGCCAUGGUGCUGCCAUUGCUGGAUAGCCAUCUUGGGUUCACGAACCAGAGUGAGACAGCCCCCACCGAAAGGAUCAAAGUGACCGAGGCGGUUUCCAUCAUCUCUAACUGCAUGGUCAUUGCCAACGAACUCGAAAACCUCACCAGUGGCUCUUGGCUUAUGAAGAUCAUCACUAAGGAUGGUAUCGAGGUUAGGGAAUUGCCGCUGCGCCAAGAGUAAACUAGAAACGCCACUGGUGUCUAGACAUCCUCAGUUCGUUCUUUGUUUUUCGAUUAUAUUUUGCGUUUUAUAUUUUAUGUUCUACGUUUUUUGUUUAAAAUUUUAUUAAAUUGAGUUAUUAAUUAUUUGACACCAAACUAAAGUAAUAAUAUAUUUGCACAAGGACAGGAUCUGGAUAGGAUUCCCUUAGCUAAGC